AUGGGCGCGCUUCCCGCGGAUAGAGUCACUCAAACUCGCCCAUUUAGCAAAGUAGGGUUGGAUUACUGUGGACCAAUGUAUAUUAAAGAGAGGCGUCAUAGGAACCAAAGAAAAAUUAAAAUAUACGUCGCUAUUUUUAUAUGUCUAACUACCAAGGCUGUCCACAUAGAGUUGGUAAGUGAUCUUACCACCGAGGCUUUUAUUGCAGCGCUUAAAAGGUUUAUCGCAAGAAGAGGCAGGUGUCGUACUAUUUACUGCGACAAUGCCACGAAUUUCAAGGGAGCCAGGUAUGAAUACAUUGAGAUUACAAACCUAUUGAAAUCACCUAAUUAUAGAGAAAGAACAGCCCACUUUCUAGCAGACGAAGGAAUCGAAUGGCACCAGAUACCUCCAAGAACACCGCAUUUCGGAGGAUUAUGGGAAGCUGCCGUCAGGUCUUUCAAGCACCAUAUGAAAAGAGUAGUAGGGGAAACCCUAUUUACUUACGAGGAUCUGAACACUUAUGUAAUUGAGAUAGAGGCCAUACUGAAUUCUCGUCCUUUAACUCCUAUCUCAACAGAUCCCAACGACACCAUGGCCUUGACGCCUGGACAUUGUCUAAUCGGAGACACCUUGCGAAGUUUGCCCGAAAGGGACUUAACAACAACACCAUCGAAUCGACUAUCAUCCUGGCUACACAUACAGAAACUCAAGCAGCACUUCUGGACUAGGUGGUAUAAGGAAUACCUAAACCAUCUGAUAGUGCGGCAGAAAUGGCACACACCAGGAGCCAAAAUCGAAAAGGACACCCUUGUGAUAUUAAAGGAGGAUAAUCAACCGCCACUGCAUUGGCCGUUAGGACGUGUCAUAGAGCUCCAUCCAGGGGACGAUGGCGUCGUCCGGGUAGCAACGGUAAAAACGGCAACAGGCUUAUACAGGAGGUGUGUGAAGAAGCUAGCACCUCUAUACCCAGAGGAAGAACCACCUGAGGGACUUUAA